GCCACGAUGUCCAUAGGCAGAGCAGGCUCCUGGGAGAUACCAUGAAGGGAAAGGUUCUGCAGCAGCACCAUCUGUCUUCACCUGGACCUCAGGACAUGACUCCCUCUGCCUUUAGUGCAGGAAAGAGAAGGGCUGCAUCAGUAACAGCUGGAGCCAAGACCAACAGCUCUGGAAGCUGCGGGAAAAGCACAUCUCCUCAGAGGUGGACCCCUGUGCAGAAAGGGUCUGAGAAAGAAAACGUGAAACAGCCUCCAAAGAGGAGGGUAAACCUUAGAAAACCUCACCCCUACAGCCGUGAUGUCGUUCAGGAGUUCAUGUGUCGGAAGAAUGAAGAGAGAAAGAAAAAAAAGCUGGAAGAGAAAAAGUCUGUAAAGCAGGCGGUGGAAAUGAGGAAUAAGAGGCUGCAAGAAGUAUACAGGAAACAGAAAGAAGCUCUUGGAAAGAGAAAGUGCUCCGAGCAGACGUGCGAGCUCAUCAGGGGAGCAGCUGCUGCCAAAGGAAGUCCUCAGCGUGCACUUGAGCAAGAACAAACCAGUGGUGAAACCCUGAAGCACAGUUUCAGGGCCUGGGUGGAAACAGCAUCCCCUACUGCAGUGCAUCGAGAUCCCAGGGACAGGAAUCAGCUUCUAGAAACUGUUCAAUCACUUACAAACACAGAGGCAUUACCUUCUGCAACACUACUGACAUCUGAAUCCUGGCUUCCCAGUCCUCUGAAAUGUCAGGACUUGAGGGACUGCUCCCUCCCAGCUCCAGAUACUCCUCCUUUGAGCUUUUCUCCUCCUCAGAAAGAUACAAAACCAGGCUACUCAACUUCUGGCCUUUCUCCAUAUAGAAAUAAAUGGGAAAAUCAAUGGGACCGAGUGAAAGCCAUACACAACCUAUCCAAGGAGCUUGCAGAAAAGAUUGAGAUGGCGACUAAGAGGCUGAGUGCAGCAAGCAGUGGUAAAGAUUCUGCUGGUAAAAUAUCAGCAGGGAUAAACUGGGACCUCUCCAAUGAAUCUUCCGUCCCUGAGCCAGAGGCACCCAAAGAUGAGCAGGAUGGGACAAUGACUGCACAGAUGCUGCUGGGAGCCCCAGGCCUUGAUGAGUUACAUGUGCCAUCAGACAGGGGAUGUCACGGACCAGGCAGGAUUAGCCUUGUGGAUGGCACUGAGGGAACAGCAGACCUGGACAGAGAGAAGAAAACAGCUUCUUUGUCUGGUGGGAGUGCUGUGAGCAAAGAGUGGCCGUGGAUCACCCACAGGAUAAGGCAGAGACAUCCCAGUGCUGGGGAGAGCUUGAGCGGCACGUUGGAAGGUUUUCCAGUGAAUAAAGGCUCCAAAGUGGACAUGAGCCUAUUGCAUGAAAAGCCAAUAUCCAGCCCAGCCUUUCCAUCUCACGGAUUCCUUGCUAGAAGCCUGCAGACAGACCCUGCAGCUCAGAGGUGUGGGGCAGUUCCAGCGCUGCAGGAUCGAGGGGCAGCUGCCCAACGCCAUCCCUGCAUGGAGAGCCUGAGGACAGCAGGCAGCCGCACACUGCAGCCCUGCAGGGCUCGAGGCAGCACUAAGCAGCACUGCGGUGAGGCAGACCCUAGCUGUGCACAACUGAAAGAGAAACACAGGAACCAUCUGCACAACUUAAAACAAACUUCCCUCCUGCUGGCUCACAAACUGAAGGCAUAUCAGCUCCAGCAGAAGCAGUGGCUGGCAGUGCUGAGUGAGAAAGCCAAGCUAGAGCUUCAGGAAAGCCAGAGGUCUUUGAGUGACCUGCUUCAGAACGAUUUAAAGCUGCGCAGCACUUCUAAAGGCAGCGAUUCCCCUGUGCUGAAGCUGGACCAUGCAGAGCAAACAUGGGCAGGACAGCAGUCUGCAGGUGACAGCACAGCUGGCAGUAAUGAAGAGAUGCAUUCCCUGGAACAACUUCCAUUGAAUGUGGAGAGAGAUCGGAGCCCAGUGGACUCCAAAGCUGUGGGACAAAGGAAAUCUCUGGGAGGAAGGAGUUCAUUUGGCUCAGCCCUUCAUGAAGGAUCUCUGCCAGCAGAGGACAGGGAGCCAUUGCAUGGCCACCAAGGGCUGAACCUGCUGUCAGCUCCAACAGAGCUGCCCCACGGGGAUCCCUGCACAGCAGAUGGCUCCAGGGACAGCAGUGACCAGGACAGCCAGUGGAGUGAUGCUGGCCGGCACUAUGGACGUUCCAGCUCCUUCUGCUGCCUCAGCCUGGCCAUGGCAGAGCAGUGCCUGAGGGGAGAGGAGCUGCGCGCCCGCCACCAGGCCGCCCUCCUGGAGCUGCGCAGGGGAGCCGUGCGGGAUAAAGCCAGAGCUGAGCUGGCCUGGCUGGGCCACCAGAGGCGCUGUCUGGAACUCCUGCAAGACACCGAGGGAGCCUCUGCCAUGGCUGAGAAGCAGCGCAGAGUCCUAACAGAGCUGAAACAAGAGCAGGUAGAAAUACAGCACCUGCAAAAUAUCUACAGGGCGGCCCAUCAAGAGAGGAAACUCUUAUUAAAGCAACAAAGAGAAAUCUUAAUGAUACAGCAAUCAGCAGCGAAACUCCGGGAAGAACUGCAUCAUCUAACUGGGGAGAAAAAGCUUACCAGGAGCCCAGCAACUGACGAAGUAAUUAAACCAAAGAUGAGACAGAUUUCUAAUGCUAUGUUAGGUUCCCCCUUGGCAGAAUCUUCAGGGCCUGAUGCGUGUGGGGAUAAACAGAAUUAUGUCCAGCUGAAGAACAAACAAAACAAAAAAUAUGAUGGCUUUUCUACCAAGAAUAAGAAAGCACUGCUACAGUACCAGCAACAGACAGAGGAGCCAUUGAGUUUGCAGCAGUCCCUGGGUGCAAGAGGUCCUGAUGUGUCUGGAACAGUGGCCAAGAAAGUGUGUGAUGCUACCAGUCAAACCACAGGCAUGGUCUUAGUGAUCAGACAUUCCACAAACGCAGGUAAUGGCACCUCAUUCUUACAAGAUCAAGAGAAUGACCCUGUGACAGUGGAGAAAGCACCCAGGGAGCAGAGAAAUGGCAGGACUUGUAGAGAAGAACAAGACCCAUGUGGUCCAUUUCAGGCUGGGACAAGGAAGAAAGAUCUUUCUUUUGAUGGCCAAGACAGUGAAAAAAGGUCAGCACCAAUGUCAAGUGGAUCUACAGUAAUGGGAACUCAUUUAAGGAAAGAAAGUUCAUUAGCUGAGCUAAGGGUUAGCCCAGAUUCUGAAAGAGAAUCGCAGAUCAUGCGUGUAGCUGAAAAAGCACCUUCCGAAAUCCUUUUUUCAGAAGAUGUUCCACGUGAAGUGGAAACGUCUGCCCCUUUUGAGAUCCACCAGGUGGAUGGCAGCCAGUCUCUGAAGCCUUUGGGCCAUCAUUCUCGAGAAACUUCUGCUGAAGAACUACAGAGGAAAGCUUUUUCUGCAGGAUUAGGUCCUACUGAAUCACUGUGCGAGUCAAACAGCUUCUCUCCAAGCUCUGAAAGUGCCAGAUCUGACUGUUCUCUCCCAGAUUUUCAGAAAGUGUCUGCAGUUUGGAUUGAUGUUUCAGAAUGCUCUAUUGCAGAUGUUGAAUUAGAGGCGCAAGGUGGAGAGGACGCUGAUGUCACUAUUCCAGAAGAAUUAGUCUAUGAUGCUUCUCCUAAUGUUCCCAAAAAGGCACCGAUAGCAAUAAAUUCUGGGAGGAAAACAUUACAAAGUGACAAACACAAUGAACUUGAAGUGUCCAAGGAUGACAGCAGCACAGAGAUUUCAUCAUGCUCUCAGAACUUCCAGAAAUGCCCUGGAGAGGCUUCAGCUCAUGGGUGCACUGGUCAUUUGCUUUCUUUCCUUUCAGCAGACAAAGCAAAUACCUCCAAAACAACACCACUGGAUUCCUCUCAGUUUGGUAAACCCACCAAGGGAAUGGAUAAGCCACACUUGGAAGCCUCAGGGAACUCAAAAAAUGCAGCUGCCAGCUCUUUGUGCAGUGAUGGCAUUUACCUCCUUCAGAACUACAAGCAGCACGCUCCUGAUUCUAUCACUAACAAAUCAAAGAGGAAUGAUGGAAUUAGCAGCUUAUUAGGGGAUCAAAGUCUUCCGCUGAUGGAUUCUUUGAAACCUUUAGAUGUGGCUGAUAACCAAUUUAGUAGUACUGUCUCUUUUCCACCUGACAAAGAUAUUGCAAAUGGCAAAUCAGUAGCGUGUUCACUGUCCAGGAAUGCAACAGUGCAAAAUGAUCAUGCACAGCUUUUGAAUGAGAAAAGCAUAUCUGGAGAACUCGAUCAGAUUGUAUCUCUGCCCUUGUCCACACAGGGAAUUUCUGGGGAAGUCCAUACAGAAACCACCUCCAUUGGGUCUUUGCAGAGGUUGGCCCCAGGAGCUCAUAAGAACUCAAAAACUGACAGGCAAGCCACAAAGGAACUGGGAAAUGGGCAGUUUUCUUCCUCAAAAAAGCAACUGUUUCACUCUGAGAACUCUUUCAGAAGUGAAGAUUAUGCAAUUUUUAUUAGUGAUGAGGGCCUUCCUCUGUCUGAUGAGGCUACCUUGUCAGAAAUACUGUCUCCUCUUGAUGUAGUGUUGUCCUAUGCAAGUGCUGAUUUGCCAUCCUCUAAUAAAAAGGAUUUGUCAUUUCCAAGGGAAGAUCUCCCUCCUCCCCCUUUGGGUGUAGAUACAAUGAAAAAUGAUGAUUCUAGCUUCAGUACAGAUGAUUUCCCAUCUCCACCAGAACAAAUGACAGCACCAGAGACUGGACAGUGUAUGAAUGAAGAUGUAUCCCUGAAAAUGGAUGCUUUUCCCCCAUUACCUGAUGACACUGCGUCUGAAGAAUAUCCCUCGUUCAAUCGAGAGCCAGUUGAUAUCUUUUCAACUCGGGAAGGUAACCUCUCAGAACAGUAUUUAGUUGAAGAUAUUUCCUGUGCAAAGGAGCACUUGUCAGAAUACCAGGAAGGAGAACAGGAGAUGCCUUCGCAGUCUUUGGAGCUUCUGCCUGUGUCAGAUCCUAUUUCUUCUAGUCAGGCCAGUAAAAAUCCUGCUUCCAUGAUGAAACAGUGCAAAACAUCUGUAACGCUGCCAUUAGCUGAGGAGGACAGUGAUGACCCAUUGUCAGCAUUUGAAAUUGGAGACAGAGUAUUAGUAAAGCAGACCCAACCUGGAACCCUGAUGUUCAAAGGACGGACUUGCUUUGAUAGCGGCCUCUGGGCUGGUGUCGCACUGGACAAAGCUGAAGGUGAUCAUGCUGGAACUUACAAAGGGGUGAAGUAUUUUGAAUGUGCACAGCACUGUGGUGUCUUUGUCAGACCUGGUGAGAUUUCACACCUGUUGGAGGAUAACAACAAUGGUUCCAGUUCCACUGGGGAUGAAGACUCAGACUCUUUCUAUGAUGAUGAAUCCUUCAGAAGAGACUGCAGAUACCCUGAAGUUGGUGAGCAGGGUGCAGGGGUAACAGAGCAGAAAGCUGAAGAUACAAAAAGUCCAGGAGGAUCAGAAGUGUCAGAAAAGAAGUCUAGGCUGUAUGUUGCCUUGCAGUGUGGAAGAAGUCAAACACUUCCACAUUCUGACCACUGUAAAUGUGAUGAAUGUCAUCACCAAAACAAUUUAAUGUGCUGGGGAUCAGAUAAAGAAAAAACAGACUUGAUACAAAUAAAACAAGGGAUGCUCGCAGGUGUGCCUCCAAAGGAAAGUGAGGCUAGCCAUGCAGAUGGCAUGAACACAAACAAAAAUGUUUGUUGCUUGGUAGAGGAUCAGAAAAGAAAUAAACUCACUGAUGAUAUCGCAGCUGAACUCAGUAAGAAACUUCUAUUGGAUGCGUUAAUUGCAUUCUCUGAAACAGCUCAACACAAAUACAAAGGUGCCUUUGAAGAAAAUGUGACAAAUUAUAUCAAAGGCCUAAAACAAGGGGACAGUCAGAAACAAUUUCUUAUCAAAGAAAAUCCACUUGCUAGCUUAACUGAGCAAUCAGCAAAGGUUGCUGAUCUUUUACUGCAUGAUUUCAAUAUGCUUAGCAUUCAUGGUUGUCACACGAUAGCAGAAAGAAUUGUGGCUAAGUUUGUAGGGGAUGCAGUUAAGGAAUAUAAGAAGACUAAAAGAAAACAAGGAGUAAAAACAGACAAGAGGUUCCCUUCAUCUUCAGAGACUCCUCCAACUACUUUGCCUUUCCUUUUAAAAAUCCUCGACGCUGGUGUUUUUGGAAGCUCUAAAGACUUUGAUCAGCCAAACUCUAAUGAACGUGCUCUGGAAAGGCAAACACAAAAGCAAUACUUGUUGGAUCAUUGGCACUCAGCUCCUUGGAAGAGAACUGUAGAGGUUCCCCUUGUGGUACCACACUACACUUCAUAUGUAAAGAACUUGUCUGCAUAUGCUGUAGAAGAAUUAUGGACUCCAGAAAACAUUUAUUCGAAUUUCACAAGAACCAGUGUGCCAAAGCAGUCUGAGUGUAAUGACUUCCCAGGGAGUGAUUUGGAAACAGAAAGCAAAAGGAUGUAUAAUCAGGUUAUAUUCGAUUUGACUCACGAGCUUCUAUGUGCGGAGUAUCAAGUGACUGCACAUCCAAAAACAUUUCCGUGGUUGAAAGAAAACUUGAGAUCUUGCUGUUGUAGGUGUUGCUGCAGAAGCACAGAUGUCAAUGAGGUUAAGACAUUUGUUCAGGGGGAAAUGAUUAAAAUAAUGAACCUGGAAAGGAAUGACUUAGAAGGGAAAAGAAAAUUCCUUAAUAUGACUAAGUAUGGAAACUGUGAGAGAGACAGAGUGGAUCUCAUCCUGAUUCAGGAGCUCCACAAAGAAGAAUCUCAGUGGACUUACUAUGGUGAUGAUGAAUUAACUGUGAAGAUGAGCGUGACUGAAGACAUAUUUGACAGCUUGAUCCUUGAUACAGUCAGAGUUCUCAACAAGAUUUAUUUGAGAAAAGCCAGUGAUUAGAAGUGUGCCCUCAUGGUGGAGUUUUAAUCCCUGACUUCUAAGGCAAGAGAUGCACGAUUAAUAAUCUUAACUCUGAGCUUUACCCAACACAGGUGUGGCCUAAGUUACAUGUUCAUAUUUACAAUGAAAGGAUGCAAGUAACAAAAAUGCUACCUGAAACUUUCUUCUUCAGUUUUGAACUUUGGAAACGCUGAUUAAGCUCAAUACUCUUCUUAGAGUGGUUUUACACGUGAUUUGAGUGGUGACAAUUUUAUUCUUCUGUUUGGUUGGUUGGUUUUUUUUAUCAAGAUAGCAUUUUAUUCACCUAUGCAUUUUAAGAGCUCCUUGUGGGUUUAAAAUUGUGUAGGAGUCUAUGAUUAUACAGACAGGGUUCAAAAGCAAUUUAUGUGUAAAUGAUCUUAUUCUUCAUUAUCGCACUCUGGUUGUGAAUGAUGAUGGAUGAAUCACAUUUUAAGAAAGAUGUUCAGGAAAUCAAUGCUGUCUGUCUUCAGAAAAUCAGGGCGCAGAUGAAAUUAAAUCUUACAGAAAGUAAAUCGUUGUUGAUCUCUUGGAAUAAACUCUUCUAAUGGGAACAAGUCUAAAACUUCUCCAUAUGGGCUCCGCACCAUUACAGAGGUGAUGGUGCACCAGUUUUUACAUCCUGUGUUUGUAUUUAAAAUCAUAUUUACAGACUAAUGAAAUGCACUUUGUUUCUGUUUUCAAGCACUGAUGGUUUAGCUGUUUUCAUACUGAAUUGCUUUCUGAAUAAACAAAAUAAAUCGAA